AUGUCGCAUACUGGACUUCAGUCAAAGAAGAAGCCUUGUGUCUACUCACCAUCGCGCCUUCGCAGCCUGCACUUCAUGAAUCCGGUCCGGAUCUCGGACCAGGAUCGUCUGGCCAAUAUCCUGUACCAUUGCCCAAACCUUGUGGAGCUCCGACUGGGAAGGAACGUCAGGGACCUGCUGCACAAUGUCAAGGCCGCAACUGAGGUGCCCAGAGAGCUGGUCCCGAUGAACUGUCUCUUCGAUAUACAUGAGCUACAGGAGACAGUCCAGACGUUCGCAAGCACGCUCGAAGUUCUGGUGCUUGACAAGGUCUAUUCGUGUCUCGAUGGACAUACACAUACCACCUUGGGUCUACGGCCUGUUUCCACAAGUAGUUUGGAUGACUCUUCCUCUACCAAGAAAGCGUCGCUCGGGUUCCUGUCUCAGAUCCUGCCACGACUUCCCCCUACCCAUCUGGGUCUCUCCACAGGCAUGCACGGGCUCUUCAAGUUCGUCAACUAUGAGACUCUGCGCUCCGUUUUUGUAGAAAAGAUGGGCUCCAUGGACCUCAAGUCGCUUUGGGAUGCACUGCCGAACUCCCAAGUUGAAUCGCUAUCCAUGAGGAACCUUGAUGAUGCCAACAAGGUUCCCAGCUAUCUAAGAAGGUUUCCUUGA